AUGGGCUCCAUAUCGAAAACUGACUAUGUUGAGAAGGCGCACUCUGAGCCAGGAAAACUCAAAGUGGUUCAUGUUGGCGCCGGUGCAGCUGGCUUGAUCACGGCGUAUAAGGCGAAGAAGAUUCUCUCUAACUAUGAACUGACGAUCUACGAAAAAAAUGCCGACGUCGGAGGAACAUGGUUCGAGAACGGGUAUCCCGGUGUGGGAUGUGAUGUGCCAUCCCAUUCAUAUGCCUUUACCUUCGAGCCUAAUCCAGAGUGGAGUGGAUACUACGCGGGUGGACAGGAAAUUCAAAAUUAUAUGGUGAAUUUUGCCAAAAAUCACGAUCUCUACCAAUACGUGCGAUUUGAAACAGAAGUGAUUCAAGCCACUUGGUGUGCAGAAGAUGGUGAAUGGCAACUCGAACUGCAACGGCAAGACGGUACUCGGUUUUACGACAGAUGUCAUGUCCUCAUCAAUGGAUCAGGGCCUUUGAACCGAUGGAAAUGUGUGGAUCCUCCUAUAAUGCCACCCACGUAUGCCAUGUUAACAGCCAUAGGGCCCGACAUCGACGGUCUUCAUGACUACUGUGGCAUUCUCACCCACACUGCGAAGUGGGACCCGAGCAUUGACUUCAAGAAUAAGCGGGUGGCCGUCAUCGGAACGGGUUCUUCUGGAAUCCAAAUCAUUCCCCAGAUAGUCAAAGAUGUUAAAUCACUAUCGGUAUUUAUACGAUCAACGCAAUGGAUCGUCCCUCCCGCAGCAUGGCAGGAUCUGCGUCUGUUUCCUGACGAUCCUGAAAAGUCAGCCAUGCCUGCACCGGCUAGGAAGCAUUUCUACACCGAAGAUGAGAAGCAUGUCUUCCGCACAGAUCCUGCACGAUUUCUAGAAUACCGCAAAGCUGUCGACGGAGUCAUGCAGGAGCGAUUCCCGAUUUUCCUGCGCAAUCAUCCCAUGCACGAUAUGACAACCGAGAUGAUUUCCCAGAUGAUCAGCGCACGAGUUGGGCCCGAUAGACAGGAUUUGAAAAAGUUGUUUACGCCUGAAUUUUCACCCGGAUGUCGUAGACCAACUCCUGGCGAUGGAUUCCUUGAAGCACUGGUGGAAGACAAUGUCCGAGUGAUCACCGAUAAAAUCACACGGUUGAAUAAAACAGGCAUUGAAUUAGGAAACGGCGACAAUUUGGAGUUUGAUCUGAUCAUUUGUGCAACUGGCUUUGACGUUGCCUUUGCACCACACUUCACUGUGACCGGCUCGGAAGGCCGAACCAUGCGCGAAGAGUGGAGUAAAUCUCCAAAUAUCUAUCUCAGCAUGGCCACGCCACAUUUUCCCAAUUUUUUCUUCAUUGGUGGCCCAACAGGCAACUGGGCUCAAGGAUCAGUCUUAAUUACUCAUGAGGUCCAAGCAGAGUACGCACUACAGUGUGCAGCGAAGAUAAACACUGAGAAUCUACAUUCGUUGACACCCAAGCAAAGUGUGACAACGCAGUGGCGACGCCAUGUAGAUACAUGGCAUGAUUCAAACUCGGUCUGGGCCGAGUCCUGUCGAUCGUGGAUGAAAUACAACGGAAGAAUUCAGCUGUGGCCGGGAAGUAUGCUUCACAUGAUCAAAUCGCUCAAGUGCCCCAGGUUUGAGGACUACGACAUCAAACAUCGAGAGGACAACAUGUGGUCGUAUCUGGGGGACGGGCGGACUGCGUUGGAGUUGAAGAAAGAACAGGGGCACUUGGUGGAUAUGGCUCCAUUCAUGCGAAUUCGAGAUGAGCCCUGGUCAGUGGAGUAG